CCCACCCUCACUCAAAUUCCCUACUCUGUCCAUUGUCUUCUUCCAUCCGCCUCGAAGCAGGGUUCAUUGUCCGAAGCGGAACCCUAAAUCAAAUGGACGAUGAUAGAUUGAAUUCUCCUAGCUCAUCUGCUGUUACACUUGAGGUUUUAGGCCACCGACUACACAUAGCUCAGGAUCCGAACUCCAAGCAUCUCGGCACUACUGUUUGGGAUGCGUCAAUGGUAUUUGUGAAAUAUCUGGAAAAGAAUUGCAGAAAAGGGAGGUUUAGCCCAUCUAAAUUGAAAGGAAAACGUGUGAUUGAAUUAGGGGCAGGUUGUGGUUUAGCUGGGCUUGGAAUGGCCCUACUAGGAUGUGAUGUAAUUACGACAGACCAAGUUGAGGUUCUGCCGUUGCUUAUGAGAAAUGUGGAGCGUAAUACUUCUUGGAUUUUGCAGGCAAAUUCAGAUUCAGCCAAUCAUUUUAUGCAGCUCCUUUUGGCUCAAUUUCGGUUGCGGAGCUGGACUGGGGAAAUAAAGAGCACAUUAAAUCUGUUGGACCUCCAUUUGAUUACAUUAUUGGCACUGAUGUUGUUUAUUCAGAGCAUUUACUGGAACCACUAAUGCAGACAAUUUUGGCAUUAUCGGGACCUAGAACAUCAAUACUGUUAGGUUAUGAGAUCCGUUCCACCACACUCCAA